AUGGGGGGACCAAAACAAUCAGAUUGUUUAAAAAAAAAAAAGGUUAGUAAAUUUGUAUUAAUGACUUUUGAACAUGUGUUAAUUGUUUAUUCUGUAACAAGUGCUAGUGGUGGUGGUGGUGGUGAACAAAGACAGAUACCAGUUCCAAAUCAUCGCAAAAAUGCAUUAGAAGAAAAUUGGAUAAAAAUAAUAACACCAAUUGUUGAACAUUUGUCUCUACAAAUAAUGGUAACACCUCGCUUUACACUAAUAAAAUUACGUACUGGACCAGAAACAACAGAUAUUGCUAAUAUACAAAAAGCUGAAGAUUUUAUUCGUGCAUUUUUACUUGGUUUUGAUAUUAAUGAUGCAAUUGCACUUAUUCGUCUUGAUGAUUUAUUUGUUGAAUCAUUUCAAGUUCAAGAUGUUAAACCAUUAAAAGGUGAUCAUUUAUCACGUGCAAUUGGUCGUUUAGCUGGUGAAAAAGGAAAAAUGAAACAUUCAAUUGAAAAUCAAACUCAAACACGUAUUGUACUUGCUGAUGCUAAAAUACAUAUUCUAGGAUCAUUUCAAAAUAUUCAGCUUGCUAGAAGAGUUAUUUGUAAUUUAAUUCUUGGUGCUCCAAUAUCAAAAGUUACUGGACAAUUGAGAAAUUUAUCUAAACGUAAAUAA